AUAUGGUAUGGCCGGCAUGGUAUAGACACAAAAGAACUGGAGGAGAGAAAGUCAAAGUAAGAGAUAGAGCGGGUGUUGUCGCUGGAAUGGAGUACAAAUACAAAUACUAAAGCUGUAUGACUAUGGAGCGGUGAUUGUGAAAGUUUGUUAAGAAGUGUGUGCAAUAAAUGUACAGAUGACACGCACACAAGGAACCAGAAGGCAAACGAUGACUGGAUGACGGCUGUGUGUUACGGUGACCGCGACAAAAUACAAAAAAAUAAAUAAGAGAGGGGAAAAUCCACGACAAUAAUGCGCCGACGGCGUGGCAGUAUUACGUUUUACACUUGAAUCGAAAGUCAGCAGAGCCAGAGUGAGCCAGACCGCGGUCAGCCGAAGCAGAUGGACACUCUGAUAAAUUUCAACCCACCCGGCUUACGGACCGCUCUCUAGUUCGAGAUCAAGAUCCAAGUCACCGCGGUCUGCUCCCAAGUUAUUUCUUAGCAUGAUCUCCAACGUGCUCUGACAUAAAUAUUCAUCUUAACUGGAACUAGUGACUAGAACUGGUGACUAACUGGUGCUACUGAUAAUUAUCAACACUAAUUAGUAACCUGCGACUAAGUAGACUAGUACGUCAGGACAAGUGACAACACAUGUGUCUGCUCGGCUGAUUACGUGAUUUGGAGUGCGGAGAGAUUAUCGAAUUUACGAAACUGUUAGUAAGCACUUGCUGCUAAGCAACGGGAUCAAGAGCACGUGGUUUAUAGUUGUCAGUGACAAGUUAUCUCAUCAACUCGUUAAUAUAGAUAUUUGUUGAUGGAUCUGUCAGCUAAUUAAGGAAGCGGGAGUUUUUAAGGGGCCAAUUGUUGCCGGAAGGUCUGGAGGUCUGGUGGUGGUUGGUGCUGAUGAUCAACAAGGUGUAGUGGGAGCUGAUGCAUUUGCUUGAUCGCCCGGGAUACGUAUGCUGUUGAGUUGACGCUGCUUAACGUUAUUAAUAGAUAUUUUGGUGGUGAGGUGGGGGCCGCUCACGGGUGAAAAUAGCAAAAGAAUGUUUUUGGAAUCUACUUGGACUUGGUUGGCAGAACGAUGGGGCAAUAUGGCCGACUUGGCCGAGCGGGUGGACGAUCUGAUAUGCAGUUUCGACUCGUCUGGUGACACGACGAUGGAUACACUGUCGAUGUUAAUAUUCGGGUGGAUGCUAUUCGGUCUGAUUGUUCUGUGUAUCGGUAAAUAUAUUUACAAUAACUUUGUACUGAAUGACAAAUUAAGUACGACCUCGAGUGUUGGUGCUAGUGGUCAUGUGGGUGGAACCUCGUCAUCAGUACCAUCAACCACCAGUGCUAAAGAUGGACACCCGGGUUUUCAUGGUAUCGGUGAAAGUGUCGUAUCUGCUGGCAACUUUGCCAGUAAACUUCUUACCCAAGAAAAACCAAUUAAAGUGGCAAUGGCUAAAUCGGCAGCAGCAUCUGCUGCUAAUUUAACAUCAAGUAGUGGUGCUAGUAGUGGGAUCGGUGUAAUUGGUAUUGGUGGUGCGGGUGCUGGUGCUGGUGGUAGUUCUGGGGGUGGAGGUGGAUAUGUACCGCCGACACCGCCUACACGAAAACGUCUUACGAGAAAAACAUCGGGCCCACUGAUAAGCCCAGCAAGGAGCUCUCGUGCCCUUCAUCUGCCGGCCGCGACCGGCGCUGACGCCGAGGCCGUCCGAUGGGUCAACGAGCUUGUCAUUUGGCUGCACUCUGACCUGGUGAUACUCAAUGAAUUACUUGCUGUUUGGGUUACUUCACUCAACGAGUUCGUCGCCAGCUCCGUCGAUGAGCAUGGAGUUGGAGUCGAAUUCGUACGAGUCCUUCCGGAAACUCAGUCUCCGAGUUUUUCAAAUAUUUUUUGCGAGUGCGAUUCUAAGGAUGACGUAACAAUAACAUGCGAUUGUGAAGCAACACCCGCUUUGCAAUUGAAAGCUUUCCGUCAAAAAGGAGAUAAAGUUGAGGUCAGUCAUUAUCGCGUCAAUGUUAACCGCUUCCGUGCGCGUCUUAAUGUUGUUUGCAUCACGGAAAAAUUGCUGUUGGAUUUAAAAUGUGAUGGAUGGCCUGAGGUCAAGGUUUCAUUGGCGGCUGUCGGCACGAUAAAAAAGGAUUUAGAUGAGAGCCAGUUGCAGGAAGUUGUGACGGAAAUAGUCGUCGGUGCUCUCAGAGGUACCAACGUACAUUUGAAUUUGUCAAAGUAUCCAACUUGCCCGAGACUAUGGCGGGAACCCCCGCCGCAAAGUGGAUUCCCACUCCCGCUCCAUUACGACAGUAUGUCCCAUUCAACUGGACCGACUGGACAGCAGAAGUAUAUUCCAGGCGAAAGACGUUUGUUAGUUAAAGUUGUAAAAGCGAGUGAUUUAGGUGGCCAGCAAGGUUGUUUUGAGCCUUAUUGCGUUGUAGAAGUAGAUGAUCCACCUCAGAAACACCAAACUUCUGUUAAAAAAAAUACUGUCAGUCCUAUUUGGGACGAAGCCUUUCUAUUUGAUGUCAGUCAAAAUACUUUUGAAGUAUUGCUGGAGAUUUAUGACCACGCGAACAAAAGUAAUAGAUUUCUGGGCUUAGGUAUUGUGGGUAUUGAAGAAUUGUUAAUUAAUCCAAGUCAAAGACAAAUAAUUCCAUUACAAGCGCGGCCUUAUGAACAAGAUGAAGUUACUGGAACUCUUACCGUUGAGUUUGUAUUUAUUGAGGGAGCAGAAGUGCCGCAAAUAGGAAAUAAACCAUUUAAAGUUAAGGAAGCAAUAAAACCACCGACUCCAACGCGCACAUACAAUCAAACGAAUCUACUCAGCAAUAAUAGUCUUAAUUAUAACAAUGGUAACAGCACUCUUAUCUUGUACGACACUACUGCUACUCAGUCGACCGGGGGAUUAUCAUUUAUUUCAGACUUCCUAACGAACGGUACGACUGGCGAGUCGCCGUACAGAACUGGCCAAUCAAAUGGCAAUAAAGGUACUCUGAUUGUACACAGCCAACAGAGGCCGCCAGAACGGCAAAUCGUUAAGGUGACACUUUCUGAGGACGGAAGCUGGCAAGAAAUCUCACCAGAGCACGCCAAUAGAGAUAUGAGCGCAACUUCCGGUCUCGAAAGUACUCCUAAUUCAUCAAAUUCUGAUAGUCUACGAGAACGGGGUAGAACAAGAAGGAAACGUCGAGACUUUUUCGGUACAAUUAAAAAACGUUUGAAUAGAUCUCGAAACAGAAGUCGAUCAGCUGGUCCUGAAGGAGAUACUAAUCACGAAGACGCCCAUUCAAGAUCAAUAUCCGCUGAUAGAGCGCGUGAUCCCGGAUCCGCUUUGCUAUCUGUACCAGGAAAAGAAGAACACUCAAGACGAUCGAGUCUCAGUGAAGCUUCUGCCAUCAGCGGAACUUCUACGAGGACUUAUGUCAAUGAAGCUUCAACUUUAGUACUAGAAACUCUUGAGAAUGGAGUUAAAAAACACUACCUCGUACCAUUGUCACUAGCACAAAAGAGUAAAUGGAGAAAAAAAGGCACUAAAUUACAUAUAUUCAACGAUCAUACUUUCAUUGCGAAACAUAUGCCAGGAGGUACUGUUUGCGAAGUAUGCAAAAGAACAUUAGCCCGAAGACUGGGCAAACAGGGUUACGAAUGUAGAGACUGUUUAAUGAAGUGCCAUAAACAUUGUCACGUUAAAGUCGAGUCAUUGUGUUCUACAUCAACGAUACAGAGUAUUGAAUUGUCACUACUGCCAGUUCUGAGAGAAUAAAAUAAUAGGUGAGCUGGUGUCGAUCAAAUGUUAAGAUCCUACGUCCAGACACCGAAAUUCGAGCGAAGAUUUUCAACUCGUCGAUGUUAAUAAAUCAACGGCACUUAUUAUUUAUACAUAUAUAUGUUUAUAUAUAUAUGUAUACAUAUAUAUAAUUAAUUAAUUAUUUAUUUAUUUAUAUAAUAUGUUAUAAUAUAUUUAUUUAUUAAUAUUAAUCGCGAUUAUGGUUAUAAAAAAGAAAGUAAUCAUGUUAAUUGAAUCCCUCCACGUGAUAAAGGUCAUAAAUAUUCGUACAAAAAAUAAUAAUAAUUUUAAUUAUUAAAACAAUCAUUUAUCAAUUACUUGUCAUAAAGUAGAUUUAUUAGCAAUCAUUUACUCGCGAUUUUAUUUAAAAUUCAUAAAAAUUUUCAUUUUCUAAUAAUUUAUUAUUUAAAAUUCGCGGUUAAUGCGAAAGUAUCUUCUAUUUCAUUGGAGUUAUGAAAUGGAAACUACCUCUACUUAUAUUAUUAAAAAAAUAAAACACAAUAAAGUCUUUUUCUCACAAUCAAAAAUAUCCGGCUUUGUUUUCCGGAUUCUCAUACAUAAUAUAUAUAAGAUUGUUUUAUUUAACAGAAAAAAAAAAUAUAAUAACAAAUAAUAUUGUUUAAAUAAAAGCAAUCGGUAAUUUAUUAUAUAUAAGUACUUAAGUUUCGAUAUUUUUUAAUAUAUUUAUCAAUGCGUGAUUGAUCUAAUGUAUAAUUAUUAUUGUUAUAUUAA